AUGGUAAACGACUUUGGUAGGGUUCUCUUGGGAUGCACGCACGUGUUCUCUCAAGUGCCGUAUAUAACACUCUUGGCAAGGAAGUACAUCUUAGGGCUUUUUAAUAUUCGGUACUAUCCAGCCGAUUGUAAAGCAAUCUUCACCUGUGAGGAUAUGGGUAAAUCGCUAUGGAAGCAAUUGACGGAUUCACAUCCAUGGGUACAGCCAGUUUCGAUAGUCCUAUACACUUUAUAUUGGAUUAUCAUCAUGGUCAUCUUUUGUCGUUGCCUUUGCAAUAUGAAUAGUCCCACGGGAUUACCUCAACAAGACAUUGAAUCUGGACGACAACUUCCUUUACCGGUAGAGACGAAAGUCCUAAUGUACUUCAAAGAUAUCAAAGAAGAAGAAGAAGACGAAGGAUUUUGUAAACGAUGUUGUCCAAUUUGUUUGGAAGCGUACGAGGAUGAUCAUGAGAUUAGACGUUUAAAGAAGUGUAGACAUAUUCUUGGCUUACAAGCCACCGAAGCUGUCCAAGUUGUCGUGCUCCUGUUUGGUCAAAGAGAUGCACAACAUCUGCAGCAACUUCCUAGCGGGGCUGGCUCGCAACACACACAAGCCGGGCAAAUCGGUCGCCUCGGGCCAGUAGGAUCUGAAUAUCCAUGCCAAGAAAAUUUCACAGAUGUACCUCUUGGGAUUGAAGGGACACGAGCAGCGUUGCUUUGUGACAAGGGAAUAAGAAGUAGCAGAGAGAGGACGAUGAGCUUCACAAAGAUGGAUUUUCCACAGUGA